UUCUCUUUCGGAAUCACCAUAGCCAACAAGAAACCCUCCCUCUCUCUCUCUCCCUCCCUCUCUCUCUCUCUCUCUCUCUAUACAAUUCGAUAAGGUCUUGGUCUUUGUUGGUACCUGUAUGAGUAAAAUCUAUGGAAUCAAUCUAGAAUUGGAUACCAUCCAAACUAAUUGACACUAUGGGUUGCAAUCAGUCCAAGAUCGAGAACGAGGAGGCAGUGUCGCGAUGCAAGGAGCGAAAGCAGUUCAUGAAACUUGCAGUCUCCGCCCGUAAUGCCUUCGCCGCCGCCCACUCUGCCUACGCCGUAUCCCUUAAGAAUACCGGCGCCGCCCUUAGUGACUACGGUCACGCUGAGCUCUAUACCAACGGCUCCACCGUCCCCGUUACCCAACCGACCUCAUCUUCAGCAACUACAGUACAGAUCGAAAAUCUGCCUCCUCCGCCCCCGCCUCUUAUUCCGCCACCUCCUCCCAACGACUUCCAGCCCCAGCCCCUCCAACGGGCAGCCACCAUGCCUGAGAUGAUGCACAAAGUCGGAGCUAAUAAACCCAUGAGUCCCACGAUCGAGGAAGAGGAGGACGAGAUGAUUGAUCUUGAUAAAGAAGAGUUGGUGAGAAAAAGGAGUGGAAGCAGUCGUGGCAAGCGAGUUGCUGAUGCUGAUGAAGCAGCAUCACGGCUUCAGAAAGAACGGGAAUUAGAGAGGAGGCAGGCCCCGCCGGCACCGGGCCCUCAAAAUGAUUCGACAUGGGAUUACUUCUUUAAUACGGAUAACAUGCCGGGCCCGAGCUUGGCUGAGCAACCUGAAGUAAAAGUGAACAAGGAAGAGAUUGAUCGGAAGGUGUAUGAUGAAAUGAUAAAUAAAGAGGAAGAGGAGGAGGUGGUUGUGCCAGAAAUGCCAGUGCCGGAGAAGGUAGAGGAAGUGGCUGUGCCAGAAGAAAUGGUAGCUGCAGCAGGGAAGGUGGCGAAGAAGGGGAAGACAGGGAUGGGGGCAGGUCCUCCAGGUGUGAGGGAUAGAAGAGUGGGUAGGAUGAAUUUGGAUUUAAUUAAGAUUUUUGAGGAGCUUGAUGAUCAUUUUCUGAAAGCUUCAGAGAGUGCUCAUGAGGUUUCCAAAAUGUUGGAAGCUACUCGUUUGCACUAUCACUCUAAUUUUGCAGAUAAUCGAGGACAUAUCGAUCACUCUGCUCGAGUUAUGCGUGUUAUUACAUGGAAUCGGUCAUUUAAAGGACUUCCUGAUCUUGAUGACGGGAGGGAUAAUUUUGACUCAGAAGAGCAUGAAACUCAUGCCACUGUGUUGGAUAAGUUGCUUGCGUGGGAGAAAAAGCUUUAUGAUGAAGUGAAGGCAGGUGAAAUUAUGAAAUUUGAUUACCAAAAGAAGGUUGCUAUGCUGAACAAGCAGAAGAAAAAAGGUGCCCACUCAGAAUCAUUGGAGAAAUUAAAAGCAGCAGUGAGCCAUCUGCAUACAAGAUACAUUGUUGACAUGCAAUCCUUGGAUUCAACAGUUUCUGAGAUAAACCGUUUACGAGAUGAACAGUUAUAUCCAAAGCUUGUUCAGCUUGUUGAUGGGAUGAGCAUUAUGUGGGAGGCUAUGCGCAGUCACCAUGAGAUCCAGUUUAAGGUUGUGGCGACAUUGAGAUCAUUGGAUGUUGCAACAUUGAGUUCUUUGGAUAUACAAUUCUCCAAGGAAACUAGCGAGCACCACCAUGAACGCACUUUACAACUAAGGGCUGUCGUGCAAGAUUGGCAUUUACAGUUUUGUAAGCUUAUAGAUCAUCAGAAAGAGUACAUAAAAGCCCUCAAUGAAUGGUUAAGAUUAAAUAUUAUCCCAAUUGAGAGUAGUUUGAGGGAGAAGGUUUCUUCCCCACCUAGGGUUGAGAAUCCCCCAAUUAAGGCCCUUCUCACUCGCUGGCAUGAUUUUCUGGACAAACUUCCUGAUGAGGGUGCUAGAAGUGCUAUAAAUAACUUUGCUGCUGUAGUACAUACUAUUGUCCAGCAUCAAGAAGAAGAAAUGAAACUGAGGGACAAAUGUGAGGACACAAGGAAGGAGCUUUCCCGCAAGACCCAUCAAUUUGAAGAUUGGUAUCGCAAGUAUAUGCAGCGGAGGACACCUGAUGAAUUGGUUUCAGAGGGGGGUGAGGAUAACCCACAUAACGAAGCUGUUGUAGAGAGGCAGCUUAUUGUGGAUAUGUUAAAAAAACGGUUGGAAGAGGAAGAGGUUGCUUACCGGAAGCAAUGCAUUCAGGUGCGGGAGAAGUCCAUCAUGAGUCUGAAGACUCGCUUGCCGGAGCUCUUCAGGUCGAUGUCGGAAACUGGUUUUGCAUGUUCCCAAAUGUACAAGAACUUGAGUUCUAUAUCUCAGAGCCGAAAUCAUAGUGAGAGCUUACCAUGAAAAUUGGUAUUUAUGUUCUGUACAAAUAUAUUUUUAUACCACUCAAAAAGAAAGAAGCCAGAGAAGGUGAGAUGGGGAAAAAAAAAAAAAAAAGAAGUAUAAUUUUCUUCUGUGUUGUGUAUGCGAUGAAUAACUUUACAAUUUUUCUAUGGGACAAGCCCCGAAGGUUGUAUUUGUUGUGUUUAUUGAAUUUGUCUAUUGUCAGCUUUAGAGUUGUCAUGUAUUCUAUUCUCCUGUGGAGAAGCUUGGAUGACGCAGUUUGAUUAUUUGAGUAUAUGAUAUUUCCUUUUAAAUGUUUCA